GUCACAGGUUCAUCUUCGGGGAUUGGUCGAGCGAUUGCACUCCGGUUCUCAAGUGAGGGUGCUCACGUGGUGUGCGCCGAUACAGAUCCAACAACAGGCAGCGACAGCGAUUCUGCUGAUGAUGGUGCAACACACAAUGUCAUCCUCCAAAGUGGCAGCAAUGCUCUGUUUGUCAACACGAACAUGCUUAAUCAAGAUCCUCACCCGAAUGGAGACCGCGGCUGGAUCGUCAAUGUCGCAAGUAUUUUCGGGAUGGUAGGGACAAGCAACUUCGCUAGCUACUGUGCUUCCAAGGGUGGCAUUGUCAACAUGACCAAGGCGGUUGCGUUGGACUGCGCGCCUCAUAGGAUACAUGUCAAUUGCAUAUGUCCUGGAUGGAUUUCGUCCCAGAUGACAAGCGAGGUGUUGAGUGACGAAGAGACGCAAGAACACAUAAUCAGCCUGCACCCAUUUCGAGGCUUAGGCAUCCCGGACGAUAUCGCAAGGGCUGCCGUGUUUCUAGCCUCGGAGGACUCUUCAUGGAUAACAGGAGUCGCAUUGCCAGUCGACGGAGGAUACACAGCCCGA